UGCGUGGCAAGAAAAGAAGGCCACAGAGCUCGGUUUUUCAGCUCUAAAUUUCUACCUUUCAAAUUCUCUCUUGUUUUAUUUUCUUCUUUUAUUUCCAAUUCCACAACACUCAAACCCCAAACCCUAGCACAACUCAAGCGUUGAUCAGAUGGCCACCAAACGAAUCAACAAGGAAUUGAAGGACCUGCAGAAAGAUCCCCCUGCAUCCUGCAGUGCUGGUCCAGUAGCUGAUGACAUGUUCCAUUGGCAAGCUACAAUUAUGGGCCCUGCAGAUAGCCCAUUUGCUGGAGGUGUAUUUAUUGUGACAAUUCACUUCCCUCCUGAUUAUCCUUUCAAACCACCCAAGGUUUCAUUCCGAACGAAGGUUUUCCAUCCUAAUAUCAACAGUAAUGGUAGUAUCUGCCUAGACAUUCUCAAAGAGCAAUGGAGCCCUGCCCUCACAAUAUCCAAGGUCCUUUUGUCCAUAUGCUCUCUGCUGACAGAUCCCAACCCAGAUGAUCCUCUGGUGCCCGAGAUUGCUCAUAUGUACAAAACUGAUAGAUCCAAGUAUGAGGCCACUGCCCGGUCAUGGACUCAAAAAUAUGCCAUGGGCUAAGUCAUUGGUUCAUCUGCUACUUCAUAUUUUCUUUGUUAUCUUCGGUAGUUAUUUACCUCACUUUCUACACUAGUAAAUAAAUAGUGUUGAAUUGAUUUUAAUCAAGUAUGAUAUGUAUGUACUCUGUUCUAUGCGAGUCCUUUGAACUUUAAAAUUGAAAAAUUAAGUUCCAGAUGCAGCACAGUUUUCAUUUAAA